UUUCUUGUCUUUUCCAGGACCGCUAUAUGAUCCUUGGCCAAAAUGGUUUCUUUGUUAAUGCGUCUGAUUCACUGGCAAUUAUUGCUGCCAAUCUGUCUUGCAUUCCAUACUUCUGUCAGAUGGGUGUCCGAGGAUUUGGUAGAAGCAUGCCCACCAGUACAGCCCUGGACAAAGUGGCAAAAGUCAUGAAGGUUCCUGUGUAUGAAACACCAACAGGAUGGAGAUAUUUUUCCAAUCUCAUGGAUUCUGGACGUUGCUCACUCUGUGGGGAGGAAAGCUUUGGCACUGGGUCUGAUCACCUUCGAGAGAAAGACGGACUAUGGGCUGUUCUAGUUUGGCUUUCAAUCCUAGCAGCUCGAAAGCAGAGCGUAGAAGAAAUUGUCAGGGAUCACUGGGCAAAGUUUGGUCGACACUACUACUGCAGGUUUGAUUAUGAAGCAUUGGAACCCAGAACAGCGUAUUUCAUAAUGAGAGACCUGGAAGCUUUGAUCACUGACAAGUCAUUCAGCCACCAGCAGUUUGCUGUGGGCAGCAGUAUCUACAGUGUGGAAAGAACAGACAGCUUUGAGUACAUAGAUCCUGUGGAUGGCACUGUGACCAAAAGACAGGGGCUGCGGAUUGUUUUUUCAGAUGCUUCCAGGCUCAUCUUUAGAAUGAGCGCUUCUAGCCAUGUGAGAGCUACUCUCCGGAUCUAUGCAGAGAGUUAUGAGAAGGAUCCUAGCCAACACAAUAAGGAACCACAGGCUGUGCUGAGUCCUCUUAUAGCGAUCGCACUGAAAAUAUCUCAGAUCCAUGAGAGGACGGGGAGAAAGGGACCCACUGUCAUCACCUGAAGCUGUGGAGGAUUGUUAAAACAGAGGCAAAAGAGAAACAGCAAGGAAGAGACAGGACUUUGCUGAAACAUGUUAGCUGUUGGUGCCUUAUGUGGUUUAAAAACUUUUCUUGGGGAUAGAGGGAGGUGGAAUGAAAAAUUCAAUGUCAUGUCAAGCAUAUUCAGUUACAUUGAUCUCCAAAGACAGUAGUGUAUUGACUUCUUUGUUUUACCUGUAAUAUCUUUAUUUCAGAUAACAAUAUAAUCACAGAAAAAGUCCUUAACUCCUAAAUGUUGCCAGCGAUGUGACAGAAAAGGCAAACUGCUUAUUUUUGAAUACUAUGAUAAUAGUUGAGAAAUUUCGGUUAUGGAGAGAGGGGAAGAAGCUGCAAAGCAAAGACAUGUUUGGGAUCCUUGUAUCCUUAUUGUUGGUUUACAGAGACAUAUGCAGAACAUGUCUGGGGCCUAAGGGCUCUGUGCUAAGCUUUGUGAAGCGUGCAUUUUCUCAUCUGACAUCACUUCCCCAAUCUCUCAUGUUGCUCACAAAUACAUGCUGGCAGCAGUGUUGUAUACACACUUGCACAUGCUCUCAAAGAAAGUGUCAUCCCAUAUUUUUUUAACCCUGCUUUUAAAGCAUAUCAGUCCUGCUUGUGCCUUUGCGUUUUCUUGAUUUUUGACUUUUGAGGCAGUUGUGCUGUAGAAGCUGAUUGUGUCCUUGCAGCAGUAUGUUGGGUAUAGAAUCUUGGCUAUCUUUUGUGAUAUUCCUUAUGCCAGAAGAUGAAGCUGGUGCUUCUUAUGUUUGAAAGACAAUUGCUUCAAGUUCAGCAAUUUUACAGAAAGAAGUUAUGAUGGAAAUUCUUAAAGUCUUUGCAAUAGUCAUGUUCCACUUAGCACAAAAUGGCUAGUGAGGUGUGUAGUGAAGAGGAAAUGUAAACAAACACAAAUAACUUGUAUCGUUCAGCAGCUGGACUCAGCUUUUGUUAGUUCUUUUCUUACAGUGGAUCAUGAAGUAAAAAGUUAGGGAGUGCCAAGAGUGAAGAGGUGACCUGUUAUGAAUCUGAGAAGGACAUCUGGGGAUAUAGACAUCAGCAUUUUUCUGCUUGUGAAAUGAUACUGCAGUUCUAGCUACACGCAAAGACUUUAUGCAUGUGACUUGUUUGAAAGCUUUGCUUCCUUGGGAACAGUGUGGUCACUUGUAUGAUUUCUUAAGGUGGCUUUGUUCCACCUGUCUUUCCGCAGUGUGUUUCAUUUCAUUGUGGCUGUCAAAUCUAAUGCAAUUUAUAUAACAUUGCAGCAAAAGAAACUGGUUUUGAUUUCUUUCAACACUUCUGUCAAACAAAUUCUAUGACACUAAGUACACAGUAAAGAGAAAUGCUAUAUUUCUGUCUUGUUGGCAAGACACACUGCACUUUCAAGCUUCCUAAUAAAACUGCUUUUCAUACAGUUA